AAAAAAAGCGAUUUUGCUGAUCUGCGAAAAAAGCAGCUGAAAACAUUUUUGUGCAGUGAAGUUUUUGUCCCAAUUUGUUCAAGUUUGUGAUAAUCUAGGGAUUCUGAACAAUUGACCGUUUUGUUUAAACGUAUAAUCAAGCCAAGAGUACAUUCAAAAGCUUACUUCGAUUUUGAGCUGAUAUCAUGAGUUCCGAGGAGAGCACGGUGGCAACCACUACUGAACAAACCACCGCCGAGCAAUCGGAAGAGCAGGAGCAACAACAGUCGGUUUCCGAGUUGGAAAAACAGGAGGAAGCCAAACUGAAGGCCAAAUAUGGCCCGAAUGCCGGUUUAGGUUCCGGGCGUGGUCUUGGUGGUCACUCGGCAUUCUUGCAGAAACGCCUCCAGAAGGGACAAAAGUACUUCGAUUCGGGUGAUUACCAAAUGGCCAAGCAGAAAGGCGGUGGCGUAAAACAAGUAUUCGCCAACAAAGUCCCUACCGGCGAGGCAAUCCCAACGCCAGAAACAGUGCCAGUGAGGAAAACCUCUAUCAUCCAGACUUGCAACAAGUUUCAAACAAGUUAAGUAAGCUUUUAAAUUUUGCCAGUUUCAUAUGAAGAUUACCGAUAGCCCCUCUUUCAUCCCCCGGUCUCCCGUUUCAUAAUAUAUGUUCAAGUAUCCUCUCAUUGUACUGUGCGAUUUCUCAAAACAAAAAUUAACUUCAAUUAUACGACAUCAAUUCCUCUCACCCCUCGUUCCGAAUACGGUCACUCAUUUUGACCAACCGAUCAUACGCUUCUGAUCCUGGAAACUUUUGAAUCUAAAAAUUAGAUAUAUGUUAAAAAAAAAACUCAAAAAUAUACGUUAUCACCUUUCGCUUAUAUGUAUCCUAAAGUAAAAUUUCAUAAUUUUAUGCAUAAGUUCAGCAGGCAAAAACAAAUAUAUAGUAAACUAUGAAUAAAAAUCACUUGGUAUGAAAAGUUAGGUAAAAAGGUGUAGGUACUUUGUUAAGGAGAACGAUUCUACUAGGUCAGUCGAAGUGUCCACACCGGACUUGUGCUGCACACGUUACAAAUCACACUGCACUGCACAGCGAGGGGUUUUCACGAGGUUUAAUAUCGUACCUAGCUACCCGUAGAUCGUAAAAAGAUUCUGCAGGAACAACUGAGAAGUGUCAUGAUCCCACGGAACGAAACGAUUCUUAUGGAAACAGAGUGUGUUUCAAUGUUCUGUCAUGUAUAUGUGAAUAAUUAUCCAUUUUUAUUUUAAAUGCUAGUAAAA